UUAAAAUACUGACUGUUAUCGUAAUUUUAUAAGACAAAGUGCACUGGCCCGAAAUUUAUCAAAAUAGAAAGUUUUAGAAGUUUAAAGUUCUUAAAAUGUUUCAUGAAUUGCUGGUUGCCUUACGGGGCCAUCCUGGUCUUGUUUUCUCCGAAAAGAAUGGUGUACUGGGCGUGAACCGCAUAAUAUCUGAGCUCCACCCUUGCGAGAUCUCGAUCAUAAACCAACUGCUAGAGGUCGCCACAGAUUACAGGUUAUUGUGUGAGUAUAUAAACAGAAACCGGUUUAAUUCUUCAAUGUAUCUCUUUGCUCUCUAUCAAGGACUGGACAAAUCUUUGGAACCUUAUCUGCAAACUCUUGUUAAGCUCGAAGUUGAAAUACUGAAAAACUCUGGAACCCAAUUAUCCCUGCUCCAACACAGACUUCUCCCCCACCGACCUAUUCUCCGAGCUCUAGUUCAACUGGUCCGUGAGGUCGAUGAAGAAGCUCCUGCUGGUUGUAUGAUAUUAGAUAAAGUCUACCAGGCUGCAGGUUCCGGAGUAGCGGGUGUUGGAACCGCUCUAAAAUUAGUACUGAGUGAGCUGCACAAAGUGUUGUAUAAGCAGCUUUUGGCCUGGCUGCUUCAGGGCAACCUUUAUGAUCCGUUUAACGAGUUUUUUAUUGUCAAAGAUGAUAAGGCGGACGAGAGUAUUCUGCUGGUUGGGGAGGAGGGAGAGAAGAGUAGAAGUAAAAGCAAAACUUUCCAGCUCCGGUUAGAGAUGGUUCCUCAACAUAUUUCUCAUUCUCUUGCUGAGAAAAUAUUCUUCAUCGGAGAGAGUAUUCAGUUGUUUGAAAGCGACAGGAGGGUUGAAGUUCAAGGGGCGGUUCUUAGGGAUAGGGAGGCAGAGUUCUACCAGGAGUUAGCGAGGUUGCGAGAUAAAACAGUCUUCGAAGUUGCCGAUUUCACUAAUUUUGUGGAUAAGAUUAGGGAGACAGUAUCUGAACAUCUUCAUACUCUUAUGAUGAAGGAAGCUGACCUUAUGGCAGAGCUUGGAACAGUUUGGAAUCUGUUCCUGUUAGGCCGGGGGGAACUUUUCCAUACUUUUAUCCGAUUAACUGAGGAACGAUUAAGGAAUCCACCAACCAUUACAACACAAACUGAUGUUAAUGAGGCCUGGAGAACAGCGGCGCAGCUUAUUCUUUCACAAUCAGAGGAGGAAAAUAUAUCACACAAGAUCAAAGUUUUGAUCGGUAAUGAACCCUAUGAAGGAUGGGGUCAAAUUUCUAUACAGUAUGCUGUAUCCUGGCCUCUUCAUCUGAUCAUCACUCCAUCAGCCAUUCACAGAUAUAACAAGAUUUUCUCGUUCCUGUUGUUGAUACGGAGAACACAGAACUGUUUAAAUCAUCUCUGGUCAGAUAUGAUGAUGAAGGUAAGGAGAGGGGAAAGAGAAGCUAAGGAAAUGGGGGGCUUGAUCUGGGAGACAAGACAGCAUAUCUCGUUCAUCGUGUCUAAUAUACAGAGCUAUGUAUUGUCUGAUGUGCUGGAAACUCAGAGAGCAAAGCUUGUUAAAAAACUUGAAGAAACUAAAUCUUUUGAAACAGUCAAGGAAGCUCAUGAGCAGUUUCUGACCGAUGUGUCUGCCCACAUAUUCCUGUUGAACCCGAAGGUUCUGAGUAUUCUCAAGGAUCUACUUAAAACCGCCUUGGCCUUCACAGACACUGUCACAGUUAAUCCGCAGGGAGCUGCUGGAAUAUGUGAGGAAUUAAACCUGAAAGCUGCUCUUCUCCUGCAGCUUCUCACCAGCAUGAGGCAGAAGCUCCAGGGCAGCCAUCUUGCUCAGCUGCUUCUUAGAUUGGACUAUAACAGAUACUUCUCUUCAACCAAGAAAAUAUCAUCAGUCGUAACAUCUGACUAGUUGAUAGUCGUUAUACUGACUAGUUGAUAGUCGUAACAUCCGACUAGUUGAUAGUCGUAACAUCUGACUAGUUGAUGACU